AUGGUCAAGUGGCCGUUCAAGAAUCGUCGCUCUCAGCAUCAUGUCCCGGCGUCCUCUGCCUACGCUGGAGGCGCAUACAUACACGAUGGCACUGCCGAUGGUCACCGAUAUCCCUCUGACUAUGUCCGGGCGUCAUACCCAGGAUGGCCGGGACCUCCUGAUCCAGGCGUUCAUCCCUCGCCUGCGACCUUCCCAGCUACCCCUGUGUCAUACAGCCCGUAUGCUGCGUCGCCAACAGUGCACGCGCCCUCCACCACUACGAGACCGUCGUAUCCGAUUCAGGACGCGUAUAUAGACUCGCAGAAAUGGAGGAAUACAUCGGUGCCCGCACCGGAGAACGCGCCCUACCUCGAGUACACCGGCUCGGACAAGCCUACGCCCGAGGACCUUCGCAGGGCUCUGUUCAUCCCGCGCUUCUCACCUCCGCCAUCUCACUGGCGAGCUCUCAUUCCUUUGGACCCCGUCCCGGACGCGAGUGGCUUCUACACUCCCCCGAUCAAUCGCUUCCCUGUCGAGCUUCUGUCCCACAUCUUCACGCGCUGCAUGGACGACGAGGUGAAAAACCCUUUCUAUGCUUCCUUCUCAGCCGGGUCCACACCGUUGGUUAUAGCUCGGGUCUGCAAACUUUGGCGAGCGAUCGCCCUCGAUCUGCCUCUCCUAUGGCAGCAAUUUGCCAUGCGCCCCUGCCAGAGAGGAGGCCACUACAGGAUCGCGCGCUUAUUCCUGGAGCGCACAAAGGGCCUUGGCAUCUAUGUGCACUACAGCGAGGAUUCGCGCAGGGGAGCGUUCCCGCGCGAGCUCUGCCCUUGCGCUCUCGACUUUGUACUGCAUAACAUUGGACAAGUCAAGGCCCUCAGUCUCGUGCAGAUCAGCUCCUCGACCCUGUUGCGCCUAUCACGCGUUCGCCCUGGAGCCGCAUCAUCCAUGAUGAAGCUGGUCGUUACUGUUCGAGAGGGAGACACGGCGGUGGACGCAGCGCGUGCUCUGUCGUCUCUCUAUCAAGCGCCGACUUUUCGAGAAAUUGAUUGGGCUUUGCCGUCCUUCCCGGAGGACAUUCACUGGACGCGUAUCGUGUCCGUUCGUCUUUGCGAGUGCAGACUGGAUACCUUUACUGUCUUGCGCAUCAUGACAAGCUCCCCUGUCCUUCGGCACCUUGACGUCGACAUCACUCCUACACAACAUCCCAUGCGGUACAACCUGCUCAGUCAUCGCGUCUUGGAGGACCUUAUCAUCCAAGGCGAUGGUCCCCAGGAUAUACUCCUCGAAGCGCUUGAUCUCCCCAAUCUACGUCGGCUUUAUAUUCGGCCAGGAUCGUCCAUCCCCGACGAUGCUUCGUUUAGUCAGGGAUGGCCCUUCCUUGACGUUCGUGCUCUCUAUCACUUUCUUGGGCGUCUGAGAGCUGGACUCGAGUAUUUCCUUCUCCUCUAUGGCGGAGCUGCCUUCAACGAAGCUGCCCUCCUUCAUAUCAUUGGGAUGCCACAGCUAGCGACGCUGAGAAUGCUGAACAUCACGGAGUUGGGAGGUGGUGUCAGCGAUACCGUCUUGAAGGCGCUCACGGUGGUCAAAGGCCGAGGGACUGCGCUGCCUCAGUUGGAGAGACUGGCGAUGUGCGACUGCUCGACCACUGAUGGGUGCAUUGCUCGCAUGCUUCAGAGCCGGUACCGAGCCGCGCACCCUCUUCGGAGAGUUUCUCUGCGUUACCCUAUCGGCGAGCGACGUGGUCAUGAUAUGGACGUCGCGACUAUGGAGAUGCUGCGCCAGAAAGGCUGGACGAUCUUUUGGACAUCUUGCUUCGGUGAUUAA